GGGCUCCAGCGCUGCAGCAUCGGCUGGUUGCCGCACGGCGCCGCGGUGCGAGGGGCGCUCCAAGGUCAGGGCGGGCUGUGCGGCGACCGCCACCGCCUGCCUGCACCCCUGCUUUCGCGCUCCAACACUUUGUUCGUAAACCCAAAGGUCCCACUCACUUUUUGACGGCCUACCUAACACACUUCAAAGAAUUACGACAUUCCCCUUCGACCUGAAUUAGUCAGGGGAGAGAAAGUCGACAAGAGGAAGAGACGCAAUAAACUCUCGUAAACAUCAUGUGGCCAAAUUGCAAGGAACGCCUUAAAGCGGAGAUGACACACUGUUGCUGGGAAAACUGGACAUCUUUGCAGGAGUUUAAAUGUUCUAAUAAGUAGCGGAAACACCAGUGACAGCUUGUUAAAGAAUAAAGCAGAAAGUCGGACUCUGCUGAGCCUGUUCCCGUCUUCUGUACUCGCAGCCCCUCCACCCCAUUUCCCCUCUUCUCCUCUCCCCCCAGCGACUCGCUCAGUGGCGGGAUGGUGGUGCCUGUGCCCGGCGCGCUGCUGGGCGCUGCGCUCCUCACCUUCCUGGCUCUCGUCGCCUUCCACUUGCUCGGCAAUUACGUCCGAAUGUGGAACAAGCUGAAGCGCAUCCCCGGGCUCAGCCCGACCUUACCGAUAUUGGGCAACGCUCUGCUCUUCAAACCCGGCGGCGAAGACUUCUUUCUUCAAGUGAUUGAAUUUACCACCCAAUACAGAGAUCAACCAUUAAUGAAAUUAUGGUUGGGAACAGUACCAUUUGUCAUGUUGUUUCAUGCAGAGACUGUGGAGGUGGUACUGAGUAGUUCCAAGCACCUUGAUAAAUCCUAUUCGUACAUGUUUCUUCACCCAUGGCUUGGUACUGGAUUGCUGACAAGUACAGGAAAUAAAUGGCGUGCUAGGAGAAAAUUGAUAACUCCAGCAUUUCAUUUCACAAUUCUGACGGAAUUUCUUGAGGUUAUGAUCGAACAGACCAAUAUACUACUGGGAAAACUGGAGAAGAAAGUGGGAAAGGGACCUUUUAACUGCUUCAAUGACAUCACACUCUGUGCUUUGGACAUAAUCUGUGAAACUGCCAUGGAUAAGAAGGUCUAUGCUCAGACUAACAGUGACUCGGAAUAUAUUUAUGCAGUUUACAAGAUUAGCAACUUGAUUUUCAGCAGAAUGAAAAUGCCCUGGUUUUGGUCUGACUUUGUUUAUAACACAUUUGGAGAAGGAAAGGAACAUGAAAAGGCUCUCAGAAUCCUACACUCUUUCACAGAAAAGGUGAUUGCUGAGAAGUUUCAUAAAAUCAAGAAUUCUGAAGAAUUUAAGCAUUCCAGUUCUGAUUCAGACUUCAAUACACGGAGUAAGAAGUGCAAGGCCUUUCUUGAUGUGCUGCUCAAUGCGACCUAUGAAGAUGGAGAAAAGCUGAGUCAGCAGGACAUUAAAGAAGAAGUGAACACGUUCAUAUUUGAGGGUCAUGAUACUACUGCUACUGCAAUAAACUGGGCUCUUUACCUCUUGGGGUCCCAUCCUGAUGUGCUAAAGAAAGUUCAAGAAGAGCUAAAUGAUGUUUUUGGUAAUACUGAUCGUACUCCUUCGAUGGACGAUCUGAAGAAUCUCCUAUAUCUACAGUGUGUUAUUAAGGAAUCUCUCCGUUUGUACCCUUCUGUUCCAAUAAUUGGCCGUACUUUGCUUGAGGAUUGCUAUAUUGGAGGGUUUAAGGUACCCAAAGGAGUCAAUGCAAUGAUCAUUCCUUAUGCACUACACAGAGAUCCAAGACACUUUUCUGACCCUGAGGAGUUUAGGCCUGAGCGAUUUAUGCCAGAGAAUUCAAGUAAAAUGAAUCCAUAUGCCUUUAUUCCAUUUUCAGGUGGACCUAGAAACUGCAUAGGACAAAAAUUUGCAAUAAUUGAGGAGAAAGUAAUCUUAUCAUCUAUUCUUCGAAGAUUCCAAGUAGAAGCAAAGCAAAGUUGCGAUGAUAUCCAUCCUGUGGGAGAAUUAAUUCUGCAUCCACGAGAUGGUAUCUGGAUAGAACUUCACCACAGAACAAAAUAAAUUUUGUCAGGGGGGUGCACCUACCUGUCAUAGUGCUGGUUAAACUGAUGCAGGGAAAUUUGUAUAAUUUUCUUCCCCUGACCGAGGGGCAUUAAUUUUAAAAAUACAAAAAUAUUUCUUAGAGACUACAUAAUUUUUUCAUUUUGCCUUAAUUUUUUUUCAGGUGUAUUGCACUAAGGAGCAUUUUAAAUUUAGAAAUGGUCUUUGUUGCAAAACUAACUGCUUGGAUGCUUUUGAUAUGUAGCUUCUGCAUGAAUGCUUUCUAUAAUCGUAGAAAAAAAAUGAUAUUGCUAUUAAUAUUACAAUGAGCACUGGAUUACCAAUCUCAGUGCAUAACCACUGCAGGGCAAAUAAGUCACACUGAUGGAGUUGAGGGAUAUUUGUAAUUCUUAAUUAUAAUUGUUAUGGACUCAGUGAAUGUCCCUUUAAGAUAGAGUGUGUGUGUGUGUGUGUGUGUGUGUGUGUGUGUGUGUGUGUGUGUGUGAGUGUGUGGGGUGUCCUUACGUCAGCAGAAGAUAAAGGACGUAAUGAUGUUGUUGAAGAGGUCAGAAGAAGAAAGAGAGAGAAAGAGAAGAGAGAGAGAGAGACCAGCCUGCUAGUUUCUCUGUCGAUGGAUGAGAAACAAUAACUGUGUCUGCCACUGAAAUCCAUGUAUGGAAAUUGGAAGUAAUCCAGUGGAGUUCACUUUGUUGCUGACCUGUAGAAGGAAACAGGUAUUUGUGUGUGUGGACGACCACGAUUUGGAUGCUUUUUGGGGUGAGGAAGUCACUACCGAGUAAACACUUAAGUGUCGCUUGGGUUCCAUCGUGGAACAUUUGGAUUUCGUAAUUACUCUCCCUAUGCUUCGCUACGUCUACGUCUUAUCUUCAGACAACGGUGGUUGUUGAAGAAGCCCUUGCUCAUGUUUCACCUUACGGCUUGCAGAACUGAACUUUAAGAACCAUUCCUGAACUUGGAGUUUGGGACUUUGCCACACACGAAGAGUUUAGUUUUAGGGGUUAAUGUUCAAGGUUUAACAUUUUUUUUUGAAUUCUAACAUACUAACAUUUUUACUUUUAUUUUAUGUAUUAUCAUAAGUAGUAAUUAAUAAAAUAGUUUUUAACACUGAAUCAUGCUCAGUGUGUU